AUUAAGUCAGUAUGGCGGAGCUGCGGGCUGAAUGAUUUUUUACAGAACCGACGGGUCCUAAAACCCUGCCACACGGAUGCUCUCGGACAGUGGAAGAAAAGCAGCAGUUUGCACCCGUCAAUUCAGCCUGACUGUUUGGUGGAAGGAAUCUUGCCCCAACACACCACUGAGGUCUCCACCUGUGGCUCGGUGUGAUGAAGCCCUGAGAAACGACUCCCCCGUGUCCCUCCUUCGCCUGGCUGUGCAACACAUGGUGGUCAAUACACCCACCACAGAGGUGCGCUGACACCCUCACUGCUCUCCUCCAUCAAGUCUGCACCUGCACCAGCAACCAUAGCAAUGAGCUCUCACAGUCGACAAGGUGGAUUGACCAGCAAGGAGCAGCCUCUGGAGCUUCUCAAACCAACUUCGCACAACCAUUUUGUGGAUGUGAGCACAGCAGCGCUGCCCACGCAGGUGCCCCACACCACCACAGCCAUCCUUCCCAUGGACCUGCGCGUAGUGGACCACCCUCACCACCACCACCAGCAGCAGCCCCCCUUUGGCCUGGUUCCCCCACCCCACCCUACACCGGCCACCUCCACAGCUUGUCCCGCAUCAUCUGAGACAGGCCGGGGGCCAGUCAUUGGCCACCAGGAGCAGCACCUGCAGCAGGAACUGGUGGCUCUCAAACACAAGCAGCAGCUCCAGAGGCAGCUACUGAUCGCAGAGUUUCAGAGGCAGCAUGAGCAGCUAUCACGACAACAUGAAGCUCAGCUGCAGGAACAUAUCAAGCACCAACAAGAUUUACUGGCGCUCAAGCACCAACAAGAGCUGUUGGAGCAUCACAGGAAGAUUGAGCAGCAACGUCAUGAGCAGCAGCUGGAGAAGCAGCAGCGAGAACACAAACUCCAACAGCUCAAACACAAGGAGAGGGGACAAGAGAGUGCAGUUGCCAGCACAGAGGUAAAGAUGCGACUUCAGGAGUUUGUCCUGAACAAGAAGAAAGCCUUGGCUCAGCGAAACCUAAACCACUGUCUGCCCAGUGACCCACGCUACUGGUAUGGAAAAACCCAGCAUAGCUCUUUGGACCAGAGCUCUCCUCCCCAAACAGCAUUGUCAGCGUACAACCAUCCAGUGCUGGGGACAUACGACUCCAAAGACGACUUCCCACUCCGCAAAACAGCCUCUGAGCCCAAUCUCAAGCUUCGUUCCAGGCUAAAGCAGAAGGUGACAGAGCGUCGCAGCAGCCCUCUGCUCCGCAGGAAAGACGGACCCAUCACUACUGCCAAGAAGCGGUCUCUAGAUGUGGCUGAGUCUGCAUGCAACAGUGCACCAGGCUCAGGUCCCAGUUCUCCCAACAACAGCUCCAGUAACAUCCCCAGUGAGAACGGGGUCACAAUCUCCAGCAGCCCAGGAGAGGCCUCCCUGCUUCAGAGGCUGGCAGCAAGGGAAGGUUCAGUGAGCCAGCUCUCUCUCUACACCUCACCGUCUCUGCCCAACAUCACCUUGGGACUGCCAGCCACAGGUCCUGCAAGCUCUGUGGUAUCAGGACACCAAGAUGGUGAGAGUCAUCUGGCACUGCCUGCAUUACAGCAGGGCAUUCCACUGACCUCUCCUUUCCUGCCCACUGCCCACCUGCCCUCCUACUUGGCAUCUUCAGCACUGGACAGAGAGGGAGCAGGAGGGGGUACGGCUGGUCACAACCCCCUCCUCCAACACAUGGUGCUGCUGGAGCAGAGCCACAGUCCAAUGGUUGGUCUGGGUGGCCUACCACUACCAUCACCUUCUGUUUCCAAGCUUGUGCGGGGCCACCGUCCACUGGGGAGAACCCAGUCGGCCCCCCUGCCCCAGCAGCAGUGUGGACAGGCCCAGGCCCUGCAGCAGUUGGUGGUCCAGCAGCAGCACCAGCAGUUCCUGGAGAAGCACAAGCAACUAUUCCAGCAACAGCAGCAGCAGCACAUCAUCAACAAGAUCAUGUCCAAGCCCAGUGAUCAGGUCUCAGCGGCAGGCUCCAGUGCCUCGGGACCAGGCAGACAGCACCAGAGUCACCCAGAGGAGACGGAAGAGGAACUCAGGGAGCACCAGGGACUCUCCUCAUCCUCCUCGUCGUCCUCUUCUACCUCUGUGCAGGAGACGGGGAUUCUACGGGGGCUCGUCAUCAAACAGGAGCCCCCAGACCCCCAGGAGCAGGAGGAGAGGGAGCAGAGGGAGAGACAGGCUGACCAGGACUUCCUGUUCAAACAGCAGGCUCUGCUGUUAGAGCAGCAGCGGAUCCACCAGUUGAGGAACUACCAGGCUUCCAUGGAAGCAGCCGGCUUAUCAGUCAGCUUUGCUGGACACCGGCCUCUGUCCAGGGCUCAGUCAUCUCCUGCCUCUUCCUCCUUCCCCAUGGUGGUACAGGAACCACCAGCCAAGCCUCGAUUCACUACAGGUCUUGUGUAUGACUCCUUGAUGCAGAAGCACCAGUGUAUGUGUGGCAACACCACCAGUCAUCCAGAGCAUGCUGGCCGUAUUCAGAGUAUCUGGUCCCGACUACAGGAGACAGGCCUCAGGGCACACUGUGAGUGUAUUCGUGGCAGGAAGGCCUCGUUGGAGGAGCUACAAACGGUUCACUCAGAGGCCCACGUCUUACUGUAUGGAACUAACCCACUGCGACAGAAACUAGAUUGCUCAGUAAGUCCCAUGUUUGUGAGGUUACCGUGUGGAGGCAUCGGGGUGGACAGCGACACCAUUUGGAAUGAAGUCCAUUCGUCCAGUGCGGCUCGCCUGGCCGUCGGCUCGGUGGUGGAGCUCGUCUUCAAAGUAGCAUCAGGAGAACUGAAGAACGGUUUUGCUGUAGUUCGACCACCUGGUCAUCAUGCUGAGGAAAGCACACCCAUGGGCUUCUGUUAUUUCAAUUCAGUCGCCAUAGCAGCCAAGCUCCUGCAGCAGAGGCUCAAUGUCAGUAAAAUCCUCAUCGUGGACUGGGAUGUUCACCAUGGUAAUGGCACCCAGCAGGCCUUCUACGCCGACCCCAGUGUUCUUUACUUGUCUCUUCAUCGCUAUGACGACGGAAACUUCUUCCCGGGCAGUGGAGCUCCUGAUGAGGUGGGCAGUGGAGCAGGUGUCGGCUUCAAUGUGAAUAUGGCCUUUACUGGAGGAUUGGAGCCUCCCAUGGGUGAUGCAGAGUAUCUAGCUGCAUUCAGAACGGUGGUCAUGCCUAUCGCCAACGAGUUUGCCCCAGACAUGGUUCUGGUAUCUUCUGGCUUUGAUGCGGUAGAUGGACAUGCUCCACCAUUGGGAGGAUACAAACUGACAGCCAAAUGCUUUGGCUACCUGACCAGGCAGCUGAUGGGUCUGGCAGGCGGCCGGCUGGUGCUUGCCUUGGAGGGGGGUCACGACCUCACAGCCAUAUGUGAUGCCUCCGAAGCCUGCAUCUCUGCUCUGCUUGGGAAUGAGUUGGACCCCAUUCCUGACGAGGUGCUGCAACAGAGACCCAACGCCAAUGCUGUACACUCUAUGGAGAAAGUAAUUGAAAUUCACAGUAAAUACUGGCGCUCGUUGCAACGCUCUGCCUCCACACUCGGUUGUUCGUUGAGCGAGGCCCUCCAACGGGACACAGACGAAGCUGAAACCGUCUCCGCCAUGGCCUCAUUGUCCGUCGCCAACAAGCACAUUGGAAGCAGAGCUGAAGAGGAACCAAUGGAAGAGGAAGCUCCCAUGUAAAAAAAAAAACAAAAAAAAAAAACAUCCCUCUCCUUUGACCACUCAGACCAGUCUUGAUCUUUGACUGUUUCCUCGUCCAGUCAGUUCUAGUUUAAACUCCUCUCCUAUGUCUGACCCCUGCCGGAUCAAGCUGGCGUCUCAUCGUGGGAGGACAACUUGGAGAGCUGACAAAAGUGGCACUCAGAGGAAACAGACCACUGAAGAUGAGCGAUGCAUUCACUGAUCAGCAGUGCACCAAGUGAUCAGCAUAAAUGUGCUGCAUUGCAUUGCACUUCAAGACCUUAGAAAUACGAGGAUUUACUCACCCAUCCCACAAAGACAGCCUCGAGUGCCAGUGCUUUUAAACACUAGACAGAUGUGCUUUUUGAUUGCCAGUCGGAACCGUACACGGAGGAUGUACAGUCGUCUACUUUUCAUAUUAUUCUGUUCUUUCUGUGCUUUAUCGUCAUCUUCUCACUUUCAUCAAGACCACCAGAGCUAUUGUGAUUGUGUCUGCACUAAGGAUGGGUUCCCGCUCUUUCAAGAUAACUGAAUGAGAGGAACAAAAUUUCCUGCAAUUUUCCGAGGUUGUUAAAGGUUACAGAAGAGAAAGGUCAGCAGAUUUCCAGGAUUCCAAAAUUACUGACAGUAAAAGACUGUGCAUUUGUGCCUUUUUUUCCAACCUGGUGGGUUUUCUUUUGAACUCCACUGAAAGAGCUUUGCCUUAAAAACAGGUUUGGGAACGAGGCCUCUUCUCCCCAACCCCUUAAACAUUUUAUCCUGACAAGUCAUCCACUGCCUGCAUGUUGUUGGCACAUAGACUGGAGGACCUUCUUGGCAUGUUUACCUAUAAUUCCCUGCUACCAGCCUACUGUCUCUCCCUUCAUCUUUGCAUUUUCCGCUCAUUUUCAGUCUCAGCUUGGAAGGUAGUUCCCAGCCACAAGUUGGAGGUGGCUCCAUUUAAAAGGAAGGUAGAGGCGGGAUUUGUAUUUUUGUAUAAUCGUGUAUCACCUAGGCAUCAAUUCUUCUUCAUCAGUGGAAGAGUUAAGUAGCAUGCACUUUACUAAAACAACAGGACUUCUGAGUAAUAGAAUCCUGUUUUACUGUAUGUAGUAGUUAGACAACAAUGAAGCCAAAGCAUGACUGACUAUCAUCUCUGUAGAGUCAGACCCUUUACAGUCCCACACAUGGAACACAGGCUCAGCAGGGACAAUUUCUACAUUAGAAUUUUUGCAGCAAAAUUGACGGAUGGAAAGGAAUUAAUCUCACAUGGGCCAAUUUGUCGAACCAGCCCUCUCUUUAAGACAAAUGUGUCUCCCUGGUAGCAAGGACCAUACCACCUGGGAUUUUCCAGAGGGAUGUUCCAGAGGCUCCCACAGCUGGCUUAACAUCUUUAGGCCCUUGUUAAGCACAUCUGCUCUCCAAAUGUCAGGUGCUGUGAGCCAGGUGUGUGUACGCCUGUCUGUUCAGAUACAGUGAAGCACAAGCUGCCCUUUAUGAAUAUUAAGUAGUUUAAUAGUAUCACUUGAAAACUGAAAACAAAUUCAUAUAUUUGCAUCUUUAAAUAGCACGUGUAGCUCAGUCUCUCCUCUGGAUUUUGAAUGUCCCAUGUAGGGUUCCAGGAGCAGUUUAUUACACCCGAAUGCUCUAUAUUGUCUGCAUCCUUUUCAAGGUUUUAAAACAUUUAAGAAGAGAGGAAUUAUUAUAUUCUGAGCUUAAUGAUUUGAAUAUUUUGGAACUAAAUCCACAAGAAUGCUGCCAGUCAGAGCUCAGUCCCAAAAAAAAAAUAAAAAAUCACACUGUGCAACACACACCAGCCUCCAGAUUAGUUUUUGUAUAAUUCUGACAGGUGAAAUCAUCACAAACUCUUUUUCAUUUUGCCAACAUGUCUGGUGAAACAGUGCAAGCUUCCUGUGUGUAACCAUCCUUCCAACUUGUGUUUGGCCCUCUGGGCAACUACCUUCUGCCACCUUUUAUUCCAUCUACAGGCUAAUCAUAUGUUUAAUGUAUUUUUUGUGUGAACAGGAAACAGAGUGCUGUGGUGUUUACUGUUGUUUACUGUACAUAGGACACUGAUCUCCUGAGUAUUCCUGCCACAGUCUCACUCACACACACACACACACAGCUAUCAAUGACUACUUUUGUUGAUUUUUUUCCCCCCCCUUUCCCAUUCGUCUUUUUUCUGGUUUUGUUGCCCUUUCAGUGGACUCUAGUGACUUAUUUUUGUACUUUUUUUAAAUGUAUUUUCUUGUCGUUUUGUAUAUGUCGCCCGCUCUCUCCUCACUGUUUCUCUGUUACAUUGUAAAACUGACAAACUUCACAACAGGUGAAGGUUCAGACUCUGUUUUUGCAGACAUUACAUGUAUGCGUUUUCUGGGUUCAGGGUUUUUGUGGGAGUGUGGGGAUGCUAAUGUUUCUACUUUGUAUAAUGAUGGACAAUUGUGUAUUUACUGUCUGUUCAUAGUAGAUUUAUAUAUAAAAAGAAAUGAGUAUAUUAUAUAUAUCUAUACAUAAUGAAAUACUAUGAUCUUGUUUUUGAAGUUGGUAUUGGAAAACAAUACUUUUCAUGGGUCUUGCAAACAGUCGGCCCUUUUAGGGUGUUCAUGUCGGCACCACUUGCUGUUCUGGUUACAGCUGAUUACACGUUCAGCAGCAUUUUACUGGCUGUCUUUUUGUCUUUCAGCAGUGAUGACUAGUUUUUCACUUUAUUUAUCCCGUUAGUACCAUAACACUGUUACAGUAGGUGUGCAGUUGCCCUGCUCAACCUCACAUAUUCAUGCACAUAUUUGUACUAUUCCAUACUUUUUCGAUGUUGUGUGUCCAUGUGAUUGUAGAAAAAAACACAAAUCUUGACUGGCAUCUUUUAAGUAUUUGAAGAAAUGUGCAACUACACCUUAAAAUCUGGAUACAGCACUUCUCAAAAACGACCAAUGUUUGUUCUUUUCCCGUAAAAGUUUCCAAGUUCAUCCUCUAACGUCUUUGCAAGAACAAGAAAAAUGGGAAAUAGUUGAGUUUGAUGUGCCUUUCCCCUGUGUUAAAUCACUAUGUUGGGAAUUUCAAAUGAUUUUACGUUAUCAUCACUUAUUUUUUUAGCAGGCCAAAUACCCUUAGUUUUAAUUUAAAUCACCAUUUGUCGAGUUUGCAUCUAAUUCAUUGAUGUGGUAUGCAAGUGAUGCCUUUGGGCUUUCAGGAGUUGCCUGUUGUUAAGCAAGACUUUUCCUGUAUCCAAAAAGAUUGCAGGUGUUCGAUCCCUGCAGCAGUCCACAUGUCUUCUCUUACUUGGCAGACACAAAAACUCCAUUCCUUGCUUUAACUGUACAAGGACCAGUUUUUUGUUUUUUGUUUUUUUUUAAACAGAAUGUCUUAAAAAGAAAAACAGAAAAAAAACACAUUAUGAUUACAUUGUCAUAUGCUGAAUUUUCAGUCAGACUUGUAAGGAGAAAAUUGAAUCACUUUGACUGAAUGUAUCUGACAUCUACUGGCAAAAAGAUGAUGUCCUCAAUUUACAUUCAGACUUUUUCAUGCCUGUGUCAUCUUCCACCUCAGAAAUUUACAGGAACAAAGAAAAUGUAGACACAUCAACCUAAGUUUUUAAUAAAUUGUGUACCAUAAUGUAGGACUUGCCCAAAAGAGUGUUUUCAGAAGGGCUUUAUUGGGCAUCAAAUCUUUAAUUUUAUUUCAUAUUUUGCUUUUUUUUGUACAUUCCCUUUUGAGACACCUACACAGAAGUGUCACUUUCUCCUGUCUUGUAAUUUCAGACCACUGUGUUGUGUGAUACUUGCAUGCAGGGUGGUUGGGAUAUGAAAAUACAUAUAAUGAGGCUGUCCGGAAUGUCAACUCAACAGGGACAGGCUGACAUCUCAUUUUAAUACACUUAAAAAGAGAUGCUUUUCAGUAACCCAGCCCAGAACAUUCCCAGAACCUUUGCACAGCAUUGCCAGUCAUUUCUACUGUUUAAUGCUUUGGUUUCUCAAACGCAGCCAAAACUAGCACUGUCUGGCCAUCUGUCUACACUGUUAGUCUUAAAACAAUGUCCAGUAACCAAAAAGAAAGAAAGAAAAAACAGAAACAUUCCAUUUUGUUAUAAUUUCCAUUUAUUAGGAGGCAGAUUUUUCUUUUCUUUUUUUUUUAUUUUAACCCUCAAAAGUUCAAGAGUUGUCUGGUUAUUUAGGUGGCCUGGUCUGACUAAACUCCAUCCCUCUUUUCUCUCUGCAUGAUCUGUAUGUCUGCAUGCACUGUCUGUCUGUCUGUCUGUCUGUCCCCUGCCACAUACCAGCACAAGGGAUCGAGCACUGAAGGACAUUAGUACUUUCACUGUAUCCAAACUGUCUUAUCUCUUUUGAUGCUUUUUGUUUCUAGUGGGGAGGAGUUUGGAUGCGUUCCAUGCUGUGCUCUAACCUGUAGCAUAUGGAAUCAUCAAACCUGGAAGACUUAAGUUGAAUAUUUUACAAAAGGAAAAAGGAAAAAAAAAAAGGUAUCUAGCACAGACAAUAGAUUUAAUUGUAUUUAUGUAGAAAACAAAUUGUUUUAGUGGGAUGCUUUGUAAACUGCAACAACAGAAUGGACCUUUUUAAAAAAAAAAAAAAAAUCAGGCAAGAUGUGACUUUGGUGGAUUUUUGGGAAGACACUUGUUCUUUGUCACAUCUGGACUUCUCAAAGGGCUCCAUCCAGUUGCCUGGUCAUUGUUACAGUCGUCCAUUCCAGUAAAUAUGCCAGUUAUCUCUAUGACCACUGUGGUUCAACAACAAACAGUUCUAGGUUUACAUAUGUAUAAAAUGCUUCUUCUUUUUUUAUCAGUUACGUUUUUGACUUGUUCCACCAUUGUUACAGAAAUAGUACUUUUUUCUCGGGAACCUUUGCUCUAACAUGUUGUCUUUGACAUCUACAAUAUAAAGUAUUGUUUUGGAAAAAC